GCGACUGGGAGGAACCGCACCCGGGCCAGCGUUACUCGAUCACCGUCGUGGAGGACGGGGGCCCGGGUGUGGCUGGCAAUACUAACGGAGUGGACAGAGUCGGCAUGGCCGCAAAAGCUUAUUCUCCUUAUUACACUCGUGGGUGGACGGCGAGAGCCCGGCGAUUCGCCCCGCCGCGGCUUCGGACGCCGUCGAGACUGCGUCUCGCCAAAGCCUCCAAGGACAAGGCGACAUUGUCCAUCCGCGCGGCGAACAGCAGCGACGAUUCAAGCAGUGCGGGCCCCACAUCCAAUUGCGCGGCGGAAGCACCCUCCACUCCAACGGGUUCCAGCCCCCUGUGCUGCCCGCUGCUGAAUAAGAGGAGCCCCGCUACCCUCUGCCCGCCAGCUACGCUAGCGCCGAACACCAGUUUGCGCCCACCACCAGACGACGACGCCUCCUCGGUUCGCCUCUCGAUGACGGAUUUCUCUGGCCUCCUCAACCCAGGCCUGACUACAAUUACUACUUCGAGCACUGACGCUUGCUCGUUCAUGUUGCUCGAAAACACUACCACGACGGAGAAGCGAUUACUGCAUGUCCCGCCUUGCAACGAGGGCGACCGCGAGGAGGUCGACCCAGACCCGUACGGUUGGGAGGCGGAGCUCGAGAAGCGCGUCACGCACCAAUGUGCCGCCGGCACCGUGGGGCUGGGCAUGUCUGAUUGCUGUCGCGUGCCGGUGAUUCAGUACCGGCGAGCCAGCGGCGCCAAGAGGACACUGUUGCGGAGGGUCCUCAGCUUUGGGCCUUCUGCAGGAACCAACGCUGAGGGUUGAUGGCCCUCGAAGUUGUCGUUGUUUCACACUACUUC